AUGCUGAGCUUUGAGAGGAAUACAAAAAUGACUAAGAUAACUGCCCCAGCCUCUGAGGAAACCAACAAGUUGACAUUUUCUGCUGAAAGGUUUAUUCUAUUAAUUGCCUCACCCUGUUUUGCUUCUGUCAGUGGUGAGACAGCAUUCAAAGCCAUGAUGGAGUCCUUCGGCUGGGCACGGCGCCCUAUGUUGGAGCGAAUUCAUUUGAUUCGAAAAGACGUGCCCAUCACCAUGAUCUACGGGGCCAACACCUGGAUAGACACCAGCACAGGGAAAAAGGUGAAGAUGCAGCGGCCGGAUUCCUAUGUCCGAGACUUGGAGAUUGAGGGUGCAUCGCACCAUGUCUAUGCCGACCAGCCCCACAUCUUCAACGCUGUGGUGGAGGAGAUCUGCGACUCGGUCGACUGAGCUGCUCUCUCUAGACAGAGGAAGAGGAGGAAGCCAGCGAGUGACUCUCGCCUCUCUGUCCACUCACGCACCCCCUAUAUCCUUCCCUCACAAGCUAACAUGUGCCAGCCAGGCAGAGUCUUGGGCUGUCCCCAGGAUAGGACCACAGUGAAAAAAAAUCACUCCUGAGUCCACACUAAGGGCUAGAGGCAGAAGCGAGAAGAGGCCUUGAGCCCCCCACCCAGAGGAAGAACAUGAAGGGAUGCACAGUGCCCCGCAUUCUCUCCAUGCCAAGUGUUCCCCGAGUGGUGGUGAAGGGAUUGCACCGAGCCACAUCUCUCCCUGUGCAGCCUUUCCUUCCUCCAGGCAAAGGAGGGCUCCCAGCAGCCUUUCCUAGCUUUGGAGUGUUUAUGGGGUUAGGUUCCGUGCAAGAACAUCUUCUCCAUCACCCCCACCCUCAUCCUGUGCCAGUUCCAUCCAGAUUCUGAUUUGGACCAGUCUUCACUUAACUACUAAGAGCAGGUCCUAGAGCUCCCUUCACCUGCAGGUCCCUUCUAUGACCUGAAAGCCUUCAUUGACAGAUGAGGGAACAGGGCAAGGCAGGACAUGGCUGGCCCAUGGUAACACAGC